UCCCAAUUGAAGAGAUAUUUAUAUUGACACCUUUCUAGACGAUCUGCAUACAUUACACUUCCUUCGCCAUGGCAGAGUUUACCCCUACUUGGAAACAGCCCAGUCACCCAAUCUCUAUCCAGGUUGUGAAGGGCGCACCAUUUCAAUCCACCGCUCGCUCGCUCGUGGCGCUCCCAGCCGGGGCACUCUUCAGCAACAUCACCACUGCGGUUCCCACCGUCCACAAGACUUAUACAUCUGUCCAGUCGGGGAUAGGUAUGAACAUUGAGUUGUGCUCGGAUCUGGUCUAUUGCAACCACUCCUGUUCUCCGAGUCUCGAGUUCGAUAUGUCGAGAUUCGAGGUCCGGGUUGCGAAGGACAGGCCCUUGUCCGUGGGAGACGAAUUGACUUUCUUCUAUCCCAGCACUGAGUGGGAUAUGGUGCAGUCCUUCCACUGUAAUUGCGGCUCGGAGAAAUGCCUGGGUAAAGUGUCUGGCUGCCAGGACAUCGCUGCGGCGGUGCGUAAACAAUAUUGGUUGAACCGCCAUGUUCAGGAGUUGGCUGUAAAGCAAGAGCUCUCUGUGAUGGCUGGCAAUGCCCAUGAUGAGGUCAAAGCCAGUAUUUGAAGUUCUCAUCGCAUCUUUGAAAUGGAUGGUGUGGAUAGUGUGAUCUACCGGGAAUAUAUCUGUCUCGAAAUAUCUCUGGGCAAUUAGAACUAUGGCGACUGACAUAUUAGCUUCAAUUAAAUUCCAGCAGUGAGUGCUUAAUGCGUUGUAUGUAUUUAGUACCAGAGCGGUUAUCGCUGCCAGUCCGGUUAUGUUCUGCAUGGCCAACAAAAAAAUGGAAUCUGGACAGACCAAAUCAGAACAUCGUCCCAGUUCGUAUCAGGGCUUCGGUUUAUC